AAUCACGAAAUAUUUAAUAUUGCGCUCCUCCAAAUUAUUUUUGGUUAUUUGGUUAGCAUUUAAUAUUUUUUCAGAAUGACCACGAAGAAGAAAAAACAAGCUUCUAGUCAACAGAGCCAGAAAUCUGGCUCUGGAAGCACAGCACAACCCAAAACUCACGGGCGUUUCAAAAUGAAACCAAAACAAAGAGACCAGAACGCUAAAUAUUCUUCACCGUCGAUUGUUCCAUUUACGAAAUAUGGCAUCGGCUACGCUUCUUUAGUAUUGAUUAUCGCUGUGAGUUUUGGAAUAUUUCAAAGCUACCACGUGUCUAGAAUGUUUGAAAACGAGCGAUUUUUCUCGCAUUUGUCAGCGUUGGAAAGAGAAUUGUCUUUUAGGACAGAGAUGGGCUUGUACUAUUCAUAUUACAAAACUAUUGUGGAAGCUCCAACAUUCCUUGAUGGAGUUUAUUCUGUUAUGAAUUGCAAUGUAACAGAAUAUCCAGACACCAUCAACACUCUGAAAAGGUUUAAUUUAUAUCCAGAGGUUGUGUUAGGAUUUGCUUUCCGCAUGUAUGACUGGUUAACCGCAAGUUUUAAUAUCCACACCAAGACAUGCUAUACUGUUAACAGAGGUUACAACCAACCUCCUGUACAAAGCUGUGAGGGUAUGGGGGAGCUGUCAUUCUUCUAUGUUUAUGCUAUCUUCUAUUUAAGUGGACUCAUGAUAUCCAUGUUUUUCUUGCUCUGCUUUUAUCUCAGUGGCAGUAUUCUUGGUGGACUUAUAGGCACAUUGUCAUACUUGUAUAAUCAUGGUGAGUGCACCAGAGUUAUGUGGACACCACCCCUACGAGAAAGCUUUUCAUAUCCUUUUCUUGUCUUCCAACUUCUGGCUGUUACCUUAACAAUUAAGUCACCUAAGGCUGACUGGAGACACCUAUCAUUAGUUGCCAUAACAACAAGCUUAUUCAUGAUUCCAUGGCAGUUUGCUCAGUUUGCACUGCUAACACAGACUUGUGCCUUGUUUGGACUGUACUUUCUUAAGUUUAUCACUUCCCGUAAACUGUGCAUUGUGUUAUAUGGAUUGCUGGUGGGACAUUUAUUAAAUUUUGUGAUUCAGUUUGGAAACUCCAUGCUUCUGAGCUCAUUCUUCUUGUCGGCCCUCAUCACAACUUUGAUCAUUGCCAAUCUUGAGCCGUUUAUUUACCAACUGCCCCAUCAGCUUGUUAUAUGGGCUGCCCAGGCUGUCAUCUUCCUUACUGGAUCUGUAGGAAUCAAGAUCGCCAUAGCAAAGAUCCUGGGAAUUGCAGAUGAUGCACACAUCACAAGUAUUUUACGUUCCAAGUUCUCCAGCUUCAGGAAUUUUGACACGGCUUUGUACACGUGUGCACCAGAAUUCGACUUUUUAGAUCCAGAGAAUCCGACAAAGCUGACCAAGACGUUGCUGUUACCAGCUGCAAUUGUAUCUUUUACAGCUGUUUUACUGAAGAUUCUGAAGAAUGAGUGGAAUACCUUGAUGGCUACAAAAGACAAGAAAGAAAAUCCUAAAAUGUCAGACCCUGAAUCGGAUGAGGAGGAAACAGACGACUUCAAGAAGGGAGUGAAUCUUAAACCUCACGCGGAGCAUCUCUAUCACGUGCUGCAGUCGCUGGCAUUCGUUGCCAUGGCGAUCAUCAUUAUGCGGCUGAAGUUGUUUGGUACCCCAGCUCUGUGUGUCAUGGCGUCCCUUCUGGCCUCUAGACAGUUGUUUGGUUUCAUUUGCGACAAGCGAAAGCACCAAGCAGCCGUGGUGGUCCUGAUUGCUGCCAUGUCUGUUCAAGGAAUCAUGAACCUACAAACUCAGUUUGCGACACAGGGAGAGUACAACAACCCAGAACAAGAGGCACUGGUUGAGUGGAUCAACACCAGGACACCCAAAACUGCUGUUUUUGCUGGUGCCAUGCCAACCAUGGCAACCGUCAAAUUGUGCACCGGACGAGCCAUUGUUAACCAUCCUCACUAUGAAGACGUUGGCAUAAGAGAGAGAACUCACAAAGUGUAUCAGAUUUUCAGCCGGAAGCCGCCAACUGUAGUUUGGCAAACUCUGAAUUCCAUGAAAGUUACCCAUGUGGUUGUUGACAUUCAGUGGUGCAGAGGAAGACCGAAAGCUGGCUGUGGCAUGGUCGACAUCUGGGACCUAGAAGACGAAGAAAACAGGUCUCGACCGAGCUGCUGUAGCGUUUUAAUGGACAAUCCAGCGCCUUUUAAAAAGGCUUUCAGCAACGACAAAUAUUACGUAUUUCAGCUCCAUCACAGAUAACACUUUAGAUCAUUCUUUCCCUCAGGGAAAUUUUAUUUUUCAACUAGAGGUACGCCGUCUAUGGCGGUCGCUUGUUUGAGUUUUAAAAUAAUUAACUAAUUUAUGAAACUGA